ACUUUGCGCUCUUUGUUCCGAUUCGACUGCGUAGAAACAGACGUACGCACUGCGCAUGCGCGCCAAACAAGUUAUCUCUCUCCGACAUUCCUGUUUUUAUAUAUUCCAGUGACCAAAACAAGUCCGCUUAUUCGUGAUUACGCUAGCGAGAUACUAGGGAUCAUGAACAUGAAGACUUCCGUCGCAUUCUGCGUGCUCAUCGCCGUCGCGGUCGCCGCGGCCGAAAACACCAUAUCCGAGAGUUCCAGGGCGGACGAUCCGUUCUGCUAUGCUCAAGUGAACGCCGCAUGCUCGAGCAAAUCCAACCCGAAGGGAACCAAAGAAAAAACUGUCUGCAACUCGCGCUUCGGUGCAAUGACCAAGGACGAAAGCGUCGAACACAUCCUGCGGGAUCUCCAGACCUACGUCAAUACCCACAUCACGCGCUCGUAUGAAUAUCUCAUGAUGGCCACCCACUACGCCAACUUCGAGAUGAACCGCCCUGGUUUCGAGAAACUCUUCCGCUCUCUCGCUGAUGAGAAAUGGAACGCUGCCAUUGGUCUAAUCGAGUAUAUCACCAAGCGUGGUGGUGUAAUGGACUUCGAUCAAUUCAACGAUCUGGGCGCUGAACCCAACGCAGUCAGUGCAUACGAACUCUACGAACUGCAAAGUGUCGCCAAGGCUCUGGACAUCGAAAAGAAACUCACCAAAGAGGCGAAUACCAUCCACCACGAGGUCCUUAGCAAGAACAAAUCCGUACACGACUCCGAGAUGUCGCACUACAUCGAAGAGGCAUUCACCGAGAAACAAGCGGAGACUAUUCGCAGACUUUCCGGUUACGCUACGGAUUUGACUGCUUUACUCAGCAGCAACAAUGAUGCAUCCUUGGCGUUGUACUUGUUCGAUGAGUACUUGCAGAAACAGUAAAUGUAACAUCAUUAAAAUGUUAAAUAUAACAAAAAUAUUCAUUUAGUUUUACUACCCGUUUUUGUUGAAAGUCGAGUAUGUACUUUGUGAUACAAUUAAAUUUCUAUUAUCAGUCUGUGUUGAGAUAUGGCUGUACAGAACAAUGUGGACACUUGAACACUUGUAAUCUUUAUUUCUAUUAUAAAAUAAACCGAUUUAAGGAAGUUA